CUGGUGCCUGAAGCAUAUGUGGGAUCACAAUCUAGAGCAAUUCUUAUACUUUGUCUCUGGGGGAGCUGGCUGUGGCAAAUCCCACUUAAUUAAAUGCAUAUAUGAGGAGGUGACAAAACUUCUUUGACAGCUGUCUAGAUUCUGAGAUGAAGCAGAUAUGUCCAUGCCCGCAGUGCUGCUGACUGCAUUUGCUGGCACUGCGGCUUUCAACAUCUCUGGAAAAACAUUGCAUUCACUGUUAAAUUACCCAAAUCUUUGAAACCACCCUAUCAAGGUCUGGGUAAACAUUGGAUGAAGUCAGAGCCACCCUAUCCAAUGCAGAGAUUUUAAUCAUUGACGAAAUUUCUAUGGUUUCAAAGCCUUUUUGCCUUUGUUAAUCAGAGAUUACAGCAGAUCAAAGGCAACAAAAAACUCUUUGGUAUGUCUGUGCUGGCAGUGGGAGACUUUUACCAACUACCACCUAUUUGUAAAGCCAGACCUCUCUGUGUAUGAGGAGGAUAUGUUGGAUUUCUGGCGAGAUCACUUUAAAAUGGUUACAUCAUAGAGAUUUUGCGCCAAAAAGACGAUCUGGCUUUUGCUGAACUCUUGAACCGGCUACGAGUGAAGCAAAAGAAAGAAGCUCUUAGUGACAGUGACAGAGCCUUGCUUGCCCAAGCUAUCACCGACCAUGAAUAUUGUCCUCGUGAUGCAUUUCACAUAUUUGCGACCAACAAAGAAGUAGAAAAACAUACUAUGACAGUCACUGCACUACAUUCAAACGUCAUCAACAUUCCUGCAGAGGAUUACAUAAAAGACCCAGCCACAGGAGAAAUGACUUUGCAGGGAAAAAUAAUCAAAGGAACAAGGAGGGAAUUACCAGACAACAUCUAAGCCGCUUUGGGAGCACGUGUCAUGGUCACAAGAAAUUUAGAUGUUGAGGAUGGUAUUGUAAAUGGAACUUUUGGAACAAUAAGACACAUAGGCACCAACACACAAUCUGCAAUCCAUACAGUGUGUGUAAUUGGUCUUGAACUGGACAAUCCUCGUGCUGGUCAAAAGUUUCGCAAAAAGAUACAAGGUGCAUCUGAUAACUUGGUCUACAUUGAAAGGAAUGAGGAAAAUAUGACCAAAAAAGGGGUGGUUCACCAGCUGUUUCCCAUCAAAUUAGCCUUUGCAUGUACAGCUCACAAGGUGCAAGGCAUGACAAUGCAGAGAGCGGUUGUGUCUCUAAAAUAUGUGUUUGAGUCUGGAAUGGGAUAUGUAGCUCUCAGUCGCACAACCUUACUUCAAGGUUUGCAUAUUGUUGAUUAUAAUGAAAACAAGAUAUAUGCAGAUCCUCUCAUCACUGCUGCACUUCAAAAUAUGCCACGAGCCUCAUUUCACACUGUCACGCCGCUGUUGGAGCACUUCAAAACUACAGACCCAGUUGUUCAGACCCUAAAGAUCAUCCACCACAACACAGAAGGGCUUGAAUCUCAUAUUGUGGACAUCAAAAGUCAUCAUGAGCUCAGACUGGCUGACAUUUUGUGUCUAACAGAAACACAUUUGCAUGGAUCAUGUGUUUCUCCAAUUGUCCACCUAGAAGGGUACAACAUGUUUACACGCAACCGACAUGUUUGUUACACCAAAUACCCUCAAAUGGCACAGAAACAUGGAGGAGGAGUUUCAGUGUACUUCAAGGCACAUAUUAAAACACAUCCUCAGACCUACAUAUUUAAUGUCACUGACCUCGAGUAUGUGCUUGUCAAAAUUGAGGAACCACUUGAAGCAAUGGUUGCAGCUGUGUACAGGCCUCCAAACUACAGUCUUGACAAGUUUUUACCCAACAUGAAAAACCUCUUGGAUUUUCUUAACAUAGUCAUCGCCGUAUCAUUGUUUGUGGUGACUUUAAUGAGAACCUUUUAUCUCAAGGCAGAAAACCAAUAAACGAGCUGUUUCAGUCCAGAGGCUUCACACAACUUGUCACAAAUGUAAUGACUGAAAAGCGCACACUCCUGGAUCGCAUAUACGUAUGUGAUCCAUAUAUACCUGAAAUCUGCCUUCAAUCUGGAGUCCUACAGACAUACUACAGUUAUCAUGAGCCUGUUUACUGUAUUUUGACAUUGUAAGUGUUCCUUACCAGCCAGUACAUACCACUUUUAGCUUUUAUAUGUCAAUGUUUUUUGAAACAAAAUGUCAUUUAUGUUGAUGGGGCUGGACCCCAGAUGUUUAUUAAAUCA